AUGAGCUUUCUCUUCUUCUGCGGCUCGAUCUCCGACGCCGCCGCUGAUAUGGUGUCGAUGUGCGUGCUGUUGCUGUCCCUAUCCCUGGCGGACGGGCUCCGCAUCGCACCCGCGGCGAGCCGUCGCGCGACGCUCGCGACACUGCCGGCCGCCCUCGCAGCGAUGAGCCAGCGCCGGGCAGAGGCAUUCGACCUCCCAUCGCUCCCUGCCGUCUCGGUGCCGCUGCCAUCAGAGUUUGAGGCCUGGGCUGCACGGCCAACCUCGAUCCUGCCCGGGCAGGAUUACAUCAAAAGGCUCAACGCCGAGGCGAACGCCAAGUACUCGUUCAGCGCGAGCGCGCCCGAACCGGCAGCCGUCGAGGACGAGGCGGCGGCACCACCGGCGCCGGUAGGAGAGGGCGCGGCCGCUGCUCCGCUUGCGAGUCAAGCGCCGCCAGCCGAGGAGCCGGCCGAGUGA